GAAUCCUUUCAUACUUAACAAAUAUCCGCAAAAUCAAAUCCACUACAUCUACAAGCAGAUCCAAAUAUAUGAAUAUCUCUACCAGCAAAGCAUCGCUGUCAUGAAAAUUCUAGACACGCAAACGCGAAUACCUUUUGGUGCGCUAGACAGACUAUAUAUUCGACAGCAGGAGUACAUUCGAAUCGCCCUAGCCCCUCUGUUUGAUCGACUAUCAAGUUUGUCACGAAGAAAACUUUGCUUAAUGUUGCACACGAGCGUUCUGUUUGCAGGGUUACUUCAAUUUUGUUUUUGAUCAACCAUGGACAUUUCUUUUUUUAGGGGUUUCUUUCGAGGGAGCAAGCAAACUUCGAUGAUACCUUAAAAAGAAUGGCUAUUUGCAGGGUCAGUACGCUGAAAACAAUAGGACCUGGAAGACUGGAAUAUACUUUAUUGUGUUUCGUACAAUCCAGAUUGUGAUAGAUGUUUCCCCUACAUUUGGUCUUAAUAAAGAGUCGGGAACGGGUAACUACUUCCACACGGAAAGUUUUUGAUCCAUUCUUUUCCUGCAAUUCCAAGAAACUAUCCGGCUGGAUUAUUGACUUUGAUUUUGUUCCUUUCUCAAAGCAGAUUAUCUACAAGCCCAUCUCCAUGUCGCGUCUUUUGACAACCAGGAACUUUCUGGGAUCUCCACAUCCGAUCUUUCAAUUGAAACUGCAUAAAUACUGCUGGAAGCCUGAGAGUCGGAGCUUUUUCAUUGCCAAAUCUACUUGGUUCAAUCUACAAGAAUAUCAAGUCAAAAUGGUCAGCGAUCAGAAAGGCAACGAAGAAAACGAAUAUGCUAUUCAUCUUGGACUACUAAAAGAUGAUCCAACUAGCCGGGGUUGGGAUAAUCAACAGUACAUUGCACCAAUCUUCACAGCUCCCCUUCGAAAUCAAAUUGAGCAGUAUGGAUUGAUAGCUGGGCAUUCUGGCAUUCUUGCCAAUAGUGAGAAUCAAAAAGAUCCGCGGCUCUUUUACAACAUAGCCGCACCUUUCAGUACAUUCAUCUGCGGCUCCCAGGGAAGCGGGAAAUCCCAUACUCUCUCUUGUCUUCUGGAGAAUUGCCUUGCAAAUUCAUCCGUUAGUAAGGUGAAAAGUCCUCUAUCGGCUUUAUUGUUUCACUAUGAUGGAUUUAUUGGCGAUGUAAGAGGUACGCCGUGCGAAGCUGCUUACCUUGCAAGCAAUCCAAAUAUUAAAGUUCGAGUCUUAUGUCCUCCGACCAAUUUUAGAACUAUACAACGUACAUACAGUGGUAUCAAGGGUGUUAAAAUUCAAGAACUCUGCAUUGACGAAACCGAUCUUACGACACAAAGAAUGUUGAGCUUGAUGGCUGUCAAAACAUCGGAAGAAAUGCCACUUUAUCUCCACAGUAUCACCAGGAUCUUGCGGGUUCUCCGGAUUGCUCACCAAAUCAGCGGAAAGCCUUUUCAUUACGGAGAAUUCAAGAAGCACCUUAUGGAUCUUCGGUUGACAACUGGUCAGGAAGGACCGUUGACACAACGAUUGGACACGCUGGAAAGUUUUAUGCCAAUUGAACAGAGAACAGCUAAGUCAUCUGCUCCUUUAAAAAGAGGCAAAGGAACUGAUUGGAGCAUAAAGGCCGGAGAACUUACUAUCAUUGACCUUUCGUGUCCUUGUGUGACUGUUGAAGCUGCAUCAUCUCUCUUCAAUAUGUGUCUCUCAUUAUUUCUAGAAGAGAAAUCCAACAUAGGGAAAGCCGUUGCCCUUGAUGAGGCUCACAAGUACAUGUCGAAUAGUACAGGAGAUGCUUUGACCGGUAAUUUGCUAUCCACAAUUCGUCUUCAACGCCAUUUAGGUACACGGAUUUUUAUUUCAACACAAGAACCAACGAUUUCUCCGGCUCUCAUCGAUUUAUGCUCCAUGACUAUUGUUCAUCGCUUUUCUAGUCCUGAAUGGCUCAAAUGUCUUCGUUCACAUGUUGCAGCACUGCAUAAUUCAGGAUCCAAUUCUCAGGAUGAUGAAUCGAUGGGAAGAGAUGUAUUCAAGGAGAUUGUAACCUUGCGAGUUGGAGAAGCGCUAUUGUUUGCAACCGAAGCAAUGAUCUAUAAAGACUGUGACAAGAUCACCUUACCACUCAAUGAUGAAUCAGUCGAUACAAUGACAUCGACUAUUAACGGCGAUAGUAGCAAUAAUGUGUCGAAGAAAAAAGGGAAGGCAAUCGCAAAAGAUGGCGACAAUGAUGGGCAAGUAUUGAGAAAGUUGGGAACAGAUUAUGUUAAGAUGAAGGUGAGAGCUAGACUCACUAAUGAUGGUGGAAAGAGCGUUUUGGCUGCUUGACCUUUUUGGGAAUUCUCUAAUCAAUAGUGCAAUAAUUAAACCCCCAAAUUUCUUUGCUGAGAAGUUGGAGGUGCAAUACUCGCAAUCA